AUGGCCCUAGCAUUCUUGGGCCGGAAGAGACGGCGUGCCGACGCCAUCAACGCGAGGCGCGCCACCUACGAUGCAAGACUUCUUGACAGCGACUCAUUUCUAACUUCUUCUCGUCGGUUGCUUCUGUCCCCCGUCAUCAUUCCAGACUUGACUGUUGAGGGCGCUUUUGAUACCGCCCAACAAGGGGUUACACACAUCAUCCACGCUGGCUCACCGGUGCCACUGCCAAACUAUGAUCCCACAACACAAAUCUUCACGCCCACGGUGAAGAUAUCGUCGGCCCUGCUCUCCUCCGCGCUCAAAACACCCAGCGUGCAGCGUGUCAUUAUCACCUCGUCAAUUGUGGCAAACCUGGGCCUGACGCCACCCCCUACCGCUGUCACCGCUUCCACGCGUCCCCCAUUGCCCAAUCCUGUCCCAUCCACCUUUGGGGAUAUCUUCGAGGGGUACAUACUGGGCAAGGUUGUCGAGCUGCACAACACGGAUGAUUUCGUGAAGACGCACAAUCCCCAUUUUACUGUUUCGCACGUGAUUCCCGGCUAUGUUUUCGGCUGCAACGAGCUGGCGCUCGACGCCGCUACGAUGCCGACGCAGAAUAGUUCGAACAACUUCCUUAUGAUGGGCCUGGUUGGCGGAGAGCCGCCUUUCCCGAUCCACGGCACCUUUGUCCACGUGGAUGACUUGGCAGACUUUCAUUUGCGCGUGCUGUUCCUCGAACCCAGGGCAGGGGAUCCGAUGGAUUUUGCUAUUGGAACUAAGGUUGAUUAUGGGACGAUAUUCGAUCCCGUCGAAAAGGCUUUCCCCCAGGCUGUUGCCUCGGGUGCAUUGAAGAGGGGUAAGGUGACUACGUUGCCUGUUGAGUAUGACACGAAAUCCAGUGAUGUGGAGAAGUUGCUUGGUAGGAAGCUGAAAAGCUUCGAAAGCGCGGUGGUGGACGUUGCCGCUCAGUACCUUGAGAAGCUGGGUAAAGAGAAGGCCUGA